AUGGCUCAGCCGGAAGCGGUGGUCGCCCACACGCCCAAGCCGCUGCCUGUUUCGGAUGCGUACAAAGUCAUGUAUGAGCAGCUGCCCGAGUACCACCGUAAUGCGGACGGCUCGCCGGACUAUCUGCGCAUGACGCUCGGCGCACAGCUCUACGACCUCGUAAAGCAGACGCCGCUGCAGCCGGCGACGCGCCUGUCGGCCCGUCUGGGCUGCGAGGUCCUGCUGAAGCGCGAGGAUCUGCAGCCGGUGUUUAGCUUCAAGCUGCGUGGCGCCUUUAACAUGAUGCGCCAGAUGCCCGAGUCGCAAAAGUGGAAGGGCGUGAUUGCGUGCAGCGCCGGCAACCACGCGCAAGGCGUUGCGCUCGCCGGCGCGCACCUCUCGAUCCCGUGCACGAUCGUGAUGCCGCGCGGCACGCCAAGCAUCAAGUGGGAGAACGUGCAGCGUCUCGGCGCCAAGGUCGUCUUCCACGGCCAAAACUUUGACGAGGCCAAGGCGGAGUGUGCGCGCCUCGCCGCGAGCUAUGGCCUGACGAUUGUCCCUCCGUUUGAUCACCCCCAGGUGAUUGCGGGUCAGGGGACGGUCGGCGUCGAGAUUUGCUCACAGACCGACUUUACCAAUGUCGACGCGGUCUUUUGCGCGGUCGGCGGCGGCGGUCUCUUGGCCGGCGUUGCGGCGUACGUCAAGCGCAUUGCGCCGCCGCACGUCAAGGUGAUUGGUGUCGAGACCUUUGAUGCGGAUGCCCUCGCGCAGAGCUUGGAAAAGGGCGAGCGCGUGACCCUCGACGAGGUCGGCCUCUUUUCGGACGGCACGGCGGUGCGCAUCGUCGGCGAGGAGUGCUUCCGUGUCUGCCACGAGCUCGUGGACGGCGUGGUGCGUGUGUCGAACGACGAGAUCUGUGCGGCGAUCAAGGACAUCUUUGAGGAUACCCGGUCCGUCACGGAGCCCGCUGGUGCGCUUGCCGUCGCGGGCUUGAAGCGGUAUAUUGCCAUGAUGGGCGAGGCGUCGGCCGGCCGCCGCUACGUCGCCGUCGUCAGCGGCGCCAACAUGAACUUUUCCCGGCUCGGUUUCGUGUCAGAGCGGGCCGACUUUGGCGAGGACAAAGAGGCGCUGCUCUCGGUCGAGAUUCCCGAAGAGGCCGGCUCCUUCCUCCGGCUGCACAAUCACAUUAUGCCGCGCAACGUCACCGAGUUCUCGUACCGCUACAGCGGCCCGCAGCGCGCAUUCAUCUUCACCUCGUUCAUGCUCAACGGCACGAUUCCCGCGCGGCAGUCGAACCCGGUCGUGGCGAGCGCGCUGCCGCUGCCGCAGAAUGCGCGUACGCUCCGCGACCAGGAGCUGUACGGUAUCAUUGACGGUAUGAAUGCCGAGGGCAUGCACGCCGUCGACAUUACCGGCGACGAGCUCGUCAAGUCGCACGCGCGGUAUCUGAUCGGCGGCCGCCAGGACGUGCCGAACGAGCGCCUGUUCCGCUUUGUCUUCCCCGAGCGCCCCGGCGCGCUGCGCAAGUUCCUCGAGCUGAUCGACGCGGGCUGGAGCCUGUCGCUCUUCCACUACCGCAACCAGGGCGGGGACGUGGCCAAGAUCCUCGCGGGCAUCCAGGUGCCAAAGGAGACCGAGGCCAAGUUUGACCAGUUCCUCAACGACCUGGGCUACAGCUACCAGGAGGAAACACACAACCCCGUGUACCAGCGCUACCUGCGUCCGGACUAA